AUGUUCUUCUUCGGCGGUGCCUACUUCAUCAUCCUUUACUAUCUUCCGAUCUAUUUCCAGAGUGUCUAUAACAGCAGUCCAAUCGGAUCUGGUGUCAAAAUGCUUGCAUUAAUCAUCCCGUUAACCAUCGCUGCCAUCGUACAGGGUUUCGCCCUAUCCAAAAUCCGCAUUGUACCUCUGUUCUGGAUCAUAGGUGGCGCUUUGGGAGCCAUCGGCUGUGGCCUAUUCUAUACUUUUGGUACUGAAACAUCUACUGGCAAGUGGAUUGGGUAUCAGAUUAUUGUUGGCUUCAGCGCGGGCUGGUCAUUCCAGACUGCCAUUUCAAACGCGCAAGUCCAUGCUUCACCAGAGGACAUGUCGCAGGCUACAGCUAUCGUCAAUUACUUCAUGACCGUUGGUGGAGCUUUCUUUCUUGCAGCAGCACAGUGCGCCUUCAACAACCAGUUGAUUCAAACAAUUGCCAUGAAACUCCCCGAGAUCGACCCCGCGGUAGUUACUGCGACCGUGUAA